GGCACUAAAAUCAAUAUGUUCUUUUACAAACUAAGAAAAGACGGAUCGUUUGAAAAUUUUACCUUUAAAAGUUUAGUUGGAUUUGUAAGCGGGAUUUUUUUAACUUAUCUAUUUUUUAUGAUUUUUGUUUUCCAAUUGAAUAUGAAAUUUGGUACAGCAACUAUUAUGUGUUCGGCUAUUGGAGGAAUACUUACAAUUGGACUAGCAUUUAGCUACAAAGUAAGAUGCAUUGUUCUAUUGCUUCUCCCAACGUGUUUUUCAAAAAGAGGAAGGCAGGCGCUUCUGGCCUACGCAUUUAUUUUGUCCCUUACUGGACCUGCCAAGAAUACUUUAAACAAUAUGGGAAUUCUGAAUGAGUCUCUUGCAUGUGGACAGGAGCAAUUAAAAGAAGCACUCAAACAUAUAAUUGAUGCAAUAAAAAAACCGUUCUAUGCGAUCAAAGAUGCCCUCAAAACUGUUGUAAAAGCUGUUAAGAAUAUCGUUAAGAAAAUUAAAGAAAUGUUGCUUGCUAUAAAGAGAAUUAUUUUGAGCAUUGUGAAUGUUAUCAACGCAACCUUCCAGUUUCUAGCUAGAAUAUUUAACAUUUGCAACAAAGAAGUGGGAACUCCAUUCCAACGAUGUUCAAGAGCAUUCGAAGAUGCUAUAAGUGAUUGUAAUGCUAAAUUAGGAUCCUACUUUAGCUGGUUAUGUUCUAUAACAUACCUGGUUCAAGGCGUUUGUUACAUUGUUAAAAAGUUGGAUUUCAUAUGUAUUCUGGUUGACUUCGUUAGCAGUUCAGUUGUCGGGGUAAUUAUAAGAAGAAUGAAAAACUUUGUACGCCGUAUAAAAGCAAUGUUUUAUGUACAAUUGAGAUUUUCUCAUUCGUUCCACUUUGAAACAAAUCAGUCAAAAACAAUGAAUGAAAUGACUGCAGGAAUAGCGACAGAGUUUAAGAAUCGAACUCAAAGAUUGGUGCAAAUAUUUGAUAUUAUGAAUUGCGCAGCGUCACUAUUUUUCGUUCUUGCUGUUAUUAAAGUAAUAUACUAUCGUCAUAAGUUUUUAACAAGUGAAACGUUUGACAAUAGAUACAUAACGCAAGAUUUUCGGCAGUUGGACAUGAGAAGAGCUCACAUGGAGGUCGAAACUGUUUUACCCCUUAAUCAUAGAGAAAGAAAGAAAUACGUUUCGUCGACCUCUAUAAGAUUGAUCAAUUCCGAAAGAAAGAAACUAAGCAAAGCUGCAAUGACUGUAUUUGUUGCUACAAUAAAAAUGACUGUCUAUAUUUUAAUAGAUUAUGCACUUUUUUGGACUCUGAAAAUGAUUCGGUACCACGCAAGAUUUCAAUCCAAAGUAAAAGCCCCGAACAUGCCAACGCUUCAUGUUACUGGAAAUGGAUUCGUUGCAAAGUUACUGAGAAGUAUAGUAACAGCGUUUCAGCCAAUAGGAUUACAUAUCGAAAUAGAUACAAUACCAUGUCUACCUGAUCCAAUCCCACCUGACUUUGAUCGCUACAUUCAAAUAGCUUCCUGUAUAGUCCUGUGUUGGAUCUUGUCAAUUUUGGAACCCUAUGGGCUUAGAAUGCGACACUGCGUCAUGUGCUAUUAUCAUCCUUUACGGGCUAAAGAAAGAGCCGUCUGGCUCUUUAAUCAUAUACUUAGUGCGCGAAGAUCAUUUCUGAAAUUCGCGAGAAGGCAACUCAGAAGAAAAGUGAUGGGCGACAAAAAUUUAAGGAAACAAUCAUUCAAGCAAUUUCUUGUAUCUCGUUUAAUAGAUCGAUGCCCUUUUAUGAAAAACUUCCUGAAAAUAAAAAACGUGGAAUCGUGUCUAUUGUGUGAGGAAAUGCUCCAGUCUGAGCCAUCAACAGCAGUUAAAUGUCAAACCCCUGGAUGUCCGGGAGUAUACUGUCGGUUGUGUUAUAACGAUCUUAAAAAUGUUUGUACAAUAUGCCAAGAUCCAAGGGAAUAUGGAGACUACUCAGACAUUGAUGAAGAAAAAGACUCAUCGGAUGAUAAAGCCUCAGCACCAACGAAAAAAACGAAACCAGAAGACAAAAUUACAAAAAGAAGAAAAGACACCAAGGAAGGCUCAGAAAGCAGUACCAGUGGGUAUUCUGAUAGUUAUCAAACCAGCGAUAAAAAAUCGACCCUCAACCUAACGGCACAUUCCACACCUUCUGGCGAUAUAGAGAAACAGGACCUGCCAGCUUAUGCUUCCAUGCAAAUUUUCCUUGAUCCUGAAUCAGGACCGACGAUCUCGAGGAAGAAAAAGAUCACAAAAGAAAUCUUCUGCUUCUAA